CAAAUGCGUGAGUCUUUAUCAUUUUCGACUUUUCGGGUGGGACAUGUAUGCAAAAGAGCUGGGACGUUCCACUUCCCCGUGCCAAACUCAUCCAAAGCCACAGUAGUUGACUCGCUGUCCAGCACACGGUUUGUGGCUCCUGUAACUUGUAUCAGCAGAAACUUCCAAGACGCCUGGGAGCGACAAUAUCCGGUUUAAGGACCGCACUGCUCAUCUGCUGUCUCCUUUUCAUCAUCACCAGCAUGGUGCUUAGCUGUCAGCUCUGACCCCAAGGUCAUUUGGGAGCUCGAGGGAGCGGCCCAUGAUAAUGGGGGCCCCCAGUUCCUUUCCGCCGGGGCCGAAGCAGCGUACGGGACGUUCUUCAGAAGCGCAAUGUACGUGCAGGACUGAUAGCCAUUGCGCACCAAAGGCGACGCACUCUCCCGAGCAGAUGCAAAGCGGGCUCCGGCAAAGUCUCAGACACAGGACUUCAUCGACUGGCUACGCCUUAAUCUUAAUAGCAGCAGUAUGCUUGCAGCUACUGAGCGUCUCCAGGCCUGCGGACGCGCAAAGCUUCGCUCUCAUGAGUCAAACCGGAGCUUGGAGCGGCUGCCGCUACAGGGGCACGUCGAGGACCGUGAACACGACUCUGACGGGCUCGGACACCACGCCGGUGACUGGCCAGAUCAUCAGUUGCUUGGAUCAAUACAAAUGUGUCGACGUCCACUACUACGACGGAGAAUGCCAGACCGUGGGCACCUCAUUGUUCUGCAAGGUUUGCCUCACGUUCAACACCUGGAGCAGCGCGACAGACUCGCAGGGCUCGACCAUGACGUAUUGCAACUCGCAAAGCAACAUGGCCCAGAUCUGCGCAGCGGACCGCUUCUCCUCGUACUACUCUGGACCUAGCACCAACAGCACCUACAGCAUCAAUGCAACGACGUCCGGAACCAACCCAACACGGCCUUGGCAGGGUUCACGGAGCAACGCGUACUGUUCCUGGGCGUACUUCGCCGACCGCACGGGAACACAGUAUUCGACUGCAAGCUUCAGCCUGCGGGAUGGCUCAUCGAGUUCGGCAAACUGCGGUAGUGCUUUUCCCGUGCCCAUCGAGAUCGCCGCCACCCAGUCCCAUGCCGCCGUCACCCACACCACCGUCGCCUGCCCCGUCGCCGGAACCGCCAAGUCCAAGGCCGCCGAGCCCAGCACCACCGUCGCCGCCGCCGUUUCCCACGCCGCCGUCGCCGGAACCGCCAAGUCCAAGGCCGCCAAGCCCAGCACCACCGUCGUUUCCCACGCCGCCGUCGCCGGAACCGCCAAGUCCAAGGCCGCCAAGCCCAGCACCUCCGUCGCCGCCACCGUCACCCAUACCACCGUCGCCUGCCCCGUCGCCUGCACCGCCAAGCCCAAGACCGCCGAGCCCAGCACCACCGUCGCCGCCGCCGUCACCCAUGCCGCCGUCGCCUGCACCGUCGCCUGCACCGCCAAGCCCAAGGCCGCCAAGCCCAGCACCACCGUCGCCGCCGCCGUCACCCAUACCACCGUCGCCUCCACCGUCGCCUGCACCGCCAAGUCCAAGGCCCCCUACCCUGCACCACCAAGUCCAACUCCGCCAAUGCCAAAGCCGCCGCGGCCCCCGCCGCCUCCCCCUCCGCCGCCAUCUCCCAAGCCACCCCCACCCACCCCUCCCUCGCCCAAGCCACCGGCGCCCUCGCCGCCCGCGCCGCCACCCGCUCCGCCCGCGCCGCCGCCGAAGCCCAACCCGCCAAGCCCGCCGCGGCCGCCUCGACCACCACCUCCGUCCCCUCGCGCCGGGGGCGUUAUCAUUGGCUCUCAGUGCCUUUACACGGACAACAACAAUUACGGCUUCACCGAUGGCACUGACCUGCCAGCAGGUGACAACGUGAACGGGAUGAACACGUGCGUGGACCAAGCUCGCUGCCUGGACCCUUACUACGACGACCGGCUGUGCCAGGUGCUGGGCGACUUCACCUACUGCCCGGUGUGCCUGUACUGGAGCGGCCGCGCCGGCUGCCCCAAGAGCCCCACGGACUCGGUGUCGCACAUAUGCACGGGCGAUGAGAUCACGCCCAUCAUCCCCUCCACCAUCACGCCAGCGGUGGGCACCGCCCCGCAGCUGCUCGACACCAACAAGCUGGACGGCUGGAAGUCCGGCAGCGCAAACCGGUACUGCCAAUGGGUGCGCUUCAGCGACUACGAGACCUUCUCCACCAUCUCGUUCACGGUCAAGGAUGGUUCCGGCAGCUGCGGAGCUUCGGCGAUUCAGGUCAAGCUGCAGGGCCUGGUGUCAACUUGCCAGGCGCCGCAGCCCAACCCAGCGCAGGGCCCUGGCGCCAUUGCCGGUUGCGGCACCGGUGACCAGCCCAACGAGUGCCUUUGGACCAUCAAGGUCCCCAAGCCUGGCACGCCCGACUACAAAUGCCUGGGCCAAGCACCCCCUCUGCCGCCCGGCCCGCCGCCGCGCCCACCGCGGCCGAACGACCCGCCGCCGCGCCCACCGAAGCCGCCGGGCCCCAGCCCGCCACCCAGCCCGUCGCCGCCCAGCCCGCGCCCACCAUCUCCUCCUCGGCCGCCGGUGCCGCCUUCGGACAUGCCGCUGCCGCCGACGCCGCCACCGCAGCCUCCGCUGCCCCCCAGCCCGCCGCGUGCCACGGAUGUGGUGUCCUGUGUCUACCGCGAUGACACGUACGCCAACGUGCCCACCGGCCCCUUCCAGGGCGGCAUCAACAGCUGCUACGAGCAGGCCAACUGCAUCGACGUGUACAUGGACAGCAGCGGCUGCAGCAACUCGGGCGACUGGCUGUACUGCGAGGUCUGUCUGCUGUGGGGCCAGCGCUCUGGCUGCCCCAAGUCCACUUCGGACACCAUUAGCCACAUCUGCCUGGCAGACGAGAUCACGCCCUUCAUCCGCGGCGCAAGUGGCGCGCCCGCGGUGCAGAGCACGGCCAAGGUGGACGGCUGGCGGCCUUUCGCUGCCAACCGCGUCUGCCAGUUUGCGCGCUGGGGCGUCGACGACACCAGCCGGUACCGGUUAUACUUCACUGUCAAAGACGCCAGUGGCUACUGCUUGGAUGGCGAGGAUUCCAUCUCCAUGACGCUAGGCGGCAUCCCAGCCUCCUGCAAGGGCCCCAACACCACGCCCGCCGGCCUCAUUGCUGGUUGCGGCAUCGGCGACCAGCCGAACGAGUGCUUUUGGUCGUUUGACGUGCCGCGUCCUGGUGGCCCUGACUGGCGCUGCGGCGCAACCCCGCCGCGGCCGCCGCGGCCCCCGAGCCCACCCAAGCCCCCGCGGCCGCCGCCGCCGUCGCCCGGGCCGCCGCCGCAGCCCCCAAGCCCCGCACCGCGCCCUCCCUCGCCGCCGCGGCGUCCGCCCUCGCCGCCAACAGUCCCUGACCAACCCGUUUCGCCCCCGAGCCCGCCCCCGUCGCCCCCCAUGCCGCCCAGCCCGCCUCGCGCGACGCUGCCCAACGUGGACUGCGUCUUCACGGAUCCUGGCAACGACUUCACUAGCCUUAACUACCCAGAGCUGGCCAGCACGAACGGCCCGGCCAACUCGUGCGUUAAUCAGGCGAACUGCCUGGAUCUUUGGUUCGACGGCAAAACGUGCAGCCAGUCAGGCGGGUACCUGUACUGCCAGGUGUGCAUCUAUUGGAGCAACCGUCGCGGCACCUGCCGCAAAUCUGUCACAGACACCAUCAGCCACACCUGCCUGGCGGACGAGCUGUUCCCGAUCAUCCCCGGCAUCGGUGCGGAGCCUGCUGUGGGCUCCACACAGAAGCUCAACGGCUGGGGCUCCGGUCUCAACAACCAAAAAUGCCAAUGGGUGCGCUGGGCGAGCAGCGAUGACCAACCUGCGGCGGUGCGAUUUACGGUCAAGGACGGUAGCGGCUACUGCCAAGGAAACUUGCCGUACUUCCCACUGUCGGUUACGCUAGGAGGUGUUCCGGCUGUAUGCCAGGCGCCACGCCCCAACCCGGCACAAGUGUCUGGCCUUGCCGGCUGUGGCAUUGGCGACCAGCCGAACGAGUGCUUGUGGACGUUCACGGUGCCUAAGCCCGGUACUCCAGACUUCAAGUGUGGAGCCAGGCCGCCAAGCCCACCUGUGCCGCCCAAGCCGCGCCCGCCGCCCAAGCCGCCCAGCCCAGCACCCAGCCCGCCUUCACCACCACCCAGCCCGCCCAGUCCCGCCCCCAAGCCACCGCGGCCCCCGGUCAGCCCGCCCUCACCGCCAACGCGCCCUGGACAGCCGCCUUCGCCGCCUGGCGCCCCGCCGUCGCCGCCUUCACCGCCCAGUCCACCGCGUGCGCCCAUCCCUGGCGGCGCGUGCGUGUUUGCGGAUCCUAGGAACGACUUCAGCACGGCGAACGACCCCACCCUUGUUGGCAACUCGAAGGGCGGCGCUGACACUUGCGUCGACCAGGCAAACUGCUUGGACAUUUUCUUCGACUCUGGCACUUGUUUCAGUGGCCCUGGCACGUUUGACUGCCAGGUGUGCAUCUACUGGAGCAACCGGCGUGGCUCUUGCCCCAAGUCCGUCACGGACACCAUCAGCCACACCUGCAUGGCGGAUGAGCUGAUCCCCGUGAUUCCUAGUGCGGGCGCAGCUGCUGCCGCGGGCAACACGUACAAGGUCGACGGCUGGGGCUCUGGCCUUGGAAACCGCUACUGUCAGUGGGUGCGCUGGUCGGCCAGUGACCUCAACCCCAUGGACGUGUUUUUCACGGUCAAGGACGGCAGCGGCUACUGCCAAGGAGACUACCCGUACGGGAUGCCGCUGACGGUGACGCUAGGCGGCCUGUCUGCCAGCUGCCAGCCGCCUCGGCCCAACUUUGCGCAGAAAUCGGGCAUUGCCGGCUGCGGCAUUGGUGACCAGGACAACGAGUGCCUGUGGCGCAUUACGGUUCCGCGUCCCGGCACACCCGAGUUCAAGUGCGCCAUCCAGCCGCCUAGCCCGCCCAUGCCGCCCAAGCCGCGCCCGCCGCCCAAGCCGCCCAGCCCGGCACCCAGCCCGCCUGCACCACCACCCAGCCCGCCCAGUCCCGCCCCCAAGCCACCGCGGCCCCCGGUCAGCCCGCCCUCACCGCCAACGCGCCCUGGACAGCCGCCUUCGCCGCCUGGCGCCCCGCCGUCGCCGCCUUCACCGCCCAGUCCGCCGAGUGCGCCCAUCCCUGGCGGCGCGUGCGUGUUUGCGGAUCCUAGGAACGACUUCAGCACGGCUAACGACCCCACCCUCGUUGGCAACUCGAAGGGCGGCGCUGACACUUGCGUCGACCAGGCAAACUGCUUGGACAUUUUCUUCGACUCUGGCACUUGUUUCAGUGGCCCUGGCACAUUUGACUGCCAGGUGUGCAUCUACUGGAGCAACCGGCGUGGCUCUUGCCCCAAAUCCGUCACGGACACCAUCAGCCACACCUGCAUGGCGGAUGAGCUGAUUCCCGUGAUUCCUAAUGCGGGCGCAGCUGCCGCCGCGGGCAACACGUACAAGGUCGACGGCUGGGGCUCUGGCCUUGGAAACCGCUACUGUCAGUGGGUGCGCUGGUCGGCCAGUGACCUCAACCCCAUGGACGUGUUUUUCACGGUCAAGGACGGCAGCGGCUACUGCCAAGGAGACUACCCGUACGGGAUGCCGCUGACGGUGACGCUAGGCGGCCUGUCUGCCAGCUGCCAGCCGCCUCGGCCCAACCCUGCGCAGAAAUCGGGCAUUGCCGGCUGCGGCAUUGGUGACCAGGACAACGAGUGCCUGUGGCGCAUUACGGUUCCGCGUCCCGGCACACCCGAGUUCAAGUGCGCCAUCCAGCCGCCUAGCCCGCCCAUGCCGCCCAAGCCGCGCCCGCCGCCCAAGCCGCCCAGCCCGCGGCCCAGCCCGCCUACGCCGCCGCCCAGCCCGCCGAGCCCCGCUCCUCGGCCUCCCUCGCCCCCCCUUCGCCCGCCCUCGCCGCCGUCGCGACCGGAUGCGCCCGUCUCGCCGCCGAGCCCGCCGCCCUCGCCGCCCUCGCCGCCCAGCCCGCCAAACGCGCCCAUCCCUGGCGGACCCUGCAUCUUCACAGACCCGGAAAACAACCAGAACUUGUUGCCACCCAGCAAGUCCGGCCCGGCCGACUCUUGCAAUGACCAAUCCCAGUGCCUCGACAUCUUUUUUGACUCGAGCACCUGCAGCUACGGCGGCAGCCGUCUCUAUUGCCAAGUGUGCAUCUACUGGAGCAACCGCCGUGGCUCUUGCCCCAAAUCCGUCACGGACACCAUCAGCCACACCUGCCUGGCGGACGAGUGGUACGGCGUGAUCCCGCGCGUUGGCGCCGAUCCCGUCACCGGCGCGACGGACAAACUCGACGGCUGGCGCUCCGGCCUCAACAACCGCAAGUGCCAGUGGGUUCGAUGGGAGAAUGGCGAUGACAGCGCCGCGACCGUGCAUUUCACCGUCAAGGAUGGGUCCGGCUCCUGCGGCACAGACACGCCGUACAUGCCCAUGGCCGUGACGCUGGGCGGCAUUCGCGCUAGCUGCGACUCGCCUCGCAAGAACACCACGACCGGCCUGCUGGCGGGCUGCGGCAUUGGCGACCAGGACAACGAGUGCCUGUGGACGUUCACGGUGCCUAAGCCCGGCACUCCUGAGUUCACUUGCAACGCCAAGCCGCCGAUGCCACCCAGCCCGCCCAAGCCACCCAACCCGCCCAGCCCCCGGCCGCCGCCUCCCAGCCCCCGCCCGAGCCCGCCCAGCCCCGCGCCGCGGCCGCCCAGGCCGCCGCCUGACCCGCCUUCGCCGCCGCUUGCGCCGGACCGCAACAUUGUCCUCGAAUUCCAGCCUCCCUCGCCUCCACCGCUGCCGCCCACGCCGCCCGCUGCUCCCAUUGCCGGCGGCUCGUGCGUGUUCUCUGACUGGUCCAACGACACUAUCCUAACUGGCGGCUCAGACUGGACCGGCGACAACGUGAAUGGUGCCGAGACGUGCAUUGACCAGGCCAGCUGCCUGGGCCUGCACCUGGACUCGGGGAUGUGCACUAACGUUGGCAGCGACCUGUACUGCAAGGUCUGCCUGUAUUGGGACAACAGCCGCGGUACGUGCGUCAAGUCCGUGGGAGACAGCAUCAGCCACGUGUGCUUGGCGGACGAGUUCUAUGAGACCAUCCCCGCACCCGGCUACACGCCCGUCAAGGGCCUCACCAACAAGCUGGAUGGCUGGAACUCCGGCUCAGCCAACGAGUACUGCCAAUGGGCGCACUGGUCUAGCAGCGACAUGUCCGCGACCACGUUGCGGUUCACGGUCAAGGACGGCUCUGGUUACUGCCGCAGCCGUAAGUCCACGUCUGAGGCCUGAGGGCAACGCCCUGAACAAC